AUUGUCAUAGCUAAGAACUGUAAAAUUGUUCAUUGUCGUUAUUGUUAGCAAUAAUUAAUCUAGAAAUAAUAUUUAUUUUUUGUAAUUUUUUCAUAUGUAUUAUCUUAAAAUCUGUAUUUCGCUGUAAAAGUAGCAUGACAUCUAAGAGGAAUAAAACAAUUUCAUUGUAGUUCCUAUUACUGUUCUAUAAAUGAAUAACUAACACAAUACUUAUGUAUGUUAUAUUAAUCGAUAAAAUCAAUAAUUUAGCGGAUGCAAUCACUGUUUGGUAAAACAUAUUUAACAAUAAUCUUUAGAGGGUAUUCCUAAUAUAGUGUCGACUUCUGUAAAGUUACCAGACUUUAAAUAGAAAAAUACUCUAAGAACCUUGGGUCUGUAAUGCUUUUCCAAUAUUCUUAAUACAGUAAGCUAAAUCAAGAAAAUUCUACAGCUAGUAACAUAUACAGUGUGAAAAUGUUUAUUGUGGGCCUUACUGGAGGUAUCGCUACUGGAAAAAGCACUGUCCUUCAAAUAUUUCGUGAAAAUGGUGUAGCUGUGAUAGACGCUGAUGAAGUUGCAAGGAAAGUUUUAGAUCCAGGAACCAAGGGUUGGGAGGAAUUAAAGAAAUGCUUUGGCAAUGAGGUAUUGCUGCCAGAUGGAAGAGUGAAUAGAUUAAAAUUAGGAGAAUUAAUCUUUGAUGAUAAGGAAAAACGUCGUCAACUUAAUGCCAUAACCCACCCAAAAAUACAGGUUGCAAUGCUGAAAAUGGCUUUCAGAUAUUUUUUUUCUGGCCACUCAUAUGUUGUAAUGGAGGUGCCAUUGCUGUUUGAAACUGGAAAAAUGUUAAACUUCAUGCAUAAAAUAAUCACUGUCGUUUGUGAGGACCACCAACAGUUGGAAAGACUUUGCAAAAGAAGCGAUAUCUCAGAAAAAGUUGCAUUGAAGAGGAUAAAAACUCAAAUGCCAUUGGAAAAAAAAGUUGCUAAUUCACAUUUCGUAAUAGACAACUCCGGCGACAAAGAUAGCACAUUCAGACAAACAGAGAGUAUCAUACGUGUAUUAAGACGUUCAAAAUUUACAUGGUACUUUCGGGCCAUAUUAUUGAUAACUCUUCUCUCCAUUGUAUUUGGUGUUGCGCAUAUAACAACGAACAUGUUACAAAAUAAAACAUAAACUAGUAA